AUGGAAAGAGCAGAGAGAGAAGAGGAGGUGGAAAGAUCAGAUAUUAACAAUCUCGAAAGAUUACCAGAAGGAUUUAUAUCUGACAUCCUAGCUCUAACAACACCUGCAGAUGCGUGCAGGUCUAGUCUGGUUUCAACUGUUUUCAAAUCUGCAGCUGAUUCAGAUGUUGUUUGGGAGAAAUUUCUGCCGGCCGAUUAUCAAGACAUCAUUACUAGAACAUUGCAUCCUUUUCCAUCAGCUGCUGCUGCACCAUCUAAGAAAGAGUUAUAUUAUCGACUGUGCAAUGACCCGCUUCUCAUUGAUGGUGGUUCUAAAAGCUUUCAGUUGGAAAAAUCUAGUGGAAAGAAAUGCAUCAUGCUUGGAGCAAAUGAUCUUGCAAUUGCUUGGGGAAACACUCCUCAGUACUGGGAAAACUUGCGAAGAUACAGCUCCAGGUUUGCUAAGGUGGCCGAACUGCUACAUGUUUGUUGGCUUGAAAUCCAUGGGAACCUGGAAAUCCAAUUGCUAUCCCCAAACACCUUAUAUGUAGCUUACCUUGUGCUACAGAUACAGUAUAAUGCUUUUGGAUUUGAUAACUUACCUAUAAAGGCCAAAGUCGAAGUUUUUGGUGGUAACACUAGUGUGUGUAGUGAAGAGAGAUUUAUCUACUUAUGUCCACCAGAUCCAAUGAUGGAGGCUCAAUAUUUUGCACGGGGGAGAGGAGAUGGAUGGAUGGAGGUUGAGAUCGGUCAUUUCUACAACGGAGGAGGAGACAACGAGGGCGGGGAAGUGCAUAUGUCUGUGAUUGAGACUGAGAAGGUCAAGGGUGGCCUUAUUGUCCAAGCUGCAAAUUUUGUUCGGCGAAUAUUUGUUGCAGGAUACAAUGGAGUUCUGUCUAUGCCUCGCAGUAGCACAGCAAAUUUGGAAUUUUAUUAA